AUGACUGCUGAAUCCUCGUCCGAAACAAAAGCUAACACGGAAAAUGCCCAACAAAAUGAUCCACCAGGAGAAGCCUGGGGUUACGAUUUGUACCCCGAGAGAAGAGGUACAUUUACUCCGAAACUGUCUAAUAUUCUAUUAGGAAAAGAAGGAAAAGAGAGCAUAGAAAAGUUCAAGUGCGAAAAGAAUGUUUACCAUUGUGUCAAAAAUAGUCCAAUUGUAAAAACAAUGAUGGCUGCUCUUAAAAGUUCUGGUUGCCCAAUAGACAUAAGAAGACACAUAUCAUGUGAAGUAUGUGAUUACUCUGUUAGUGGAGGUUAUGACCCACAAUUGAAUCAAAUUGUAGUAUGCCAGAAUGUAUCAACCAGAAAAGGGAUGGUACAAGGUGUACUGACUCAUGAGAUGAUCCACAUGUUUGAUUUCUGUCGGAAUCAAUUGGACUUUAAGAACAUGGAACACUUAGCGUGCACUGAGAUACGUGCGGCCAACUUAACUCAUUGUUCAUUUGUCAGUGCUUGGUCACAAGGUGAUGCUUCUUGGGUGAAGGUGAAAAAGGCGCACGAGGAUUGCGUUAAAACAAAGGCUCUUUACUCAGUGCUUGCUGUUAGACAAAUUGGCAAACUAGAAGCCGUUGAUAUUAUAGAAAAAGUGUUCCCUAAAUGUUAUAAUGAUUUGGAACCGAUCGGACGUCGUAUAAGGCGAAACUCGGAGGAUGUUUUCCGAGUUCAAAGAGAUGCAUCUUAUUAUGGAUAUAUGUAG